ACAGUGCCAGUGGGAGGGGGAAGUUAGUUAUACCAGCGAAUAUACUCUUUAUUAUUUCCUGUACGGCAGACGAUUACAGUGCACACGGAUCGUUUUUAAUUAUCUAAAUAUGUGUUGGGCAAAUAAAGUUUGUUUCUUCAUCCCGUUGAAUUCGGCCGGCGUUGUCAUUGGUGUUGGGAAUAUUAUAUUUUCAACAAUCGUAACAAUCGCGACGAUGACGAUGAUUCUCAUACAAGAGUAUACCGUCCACCACGACGAGCAACAUAUUCUGCAGCAUCUGUUCAAGACUGACAUGACGAAGUCAGUGAUCGAGAUAAUAAUAAUAAUAGCUCUGUUGAUUGGCACGCUCGGGAUACCUUUUUCUAUUUGCCUCCUUGUUGGAGUACGGAAGAACAUUCCGAGCCUGGUCCUGUCGUACUUCGUUUAUGGGAUCAUUGUGACCAUUAUAUGUAUCCUGGCCGCGCUUCUAGAAGUCGUACACAAUUUUUGGAUCAUCGCCGCUGUUAAGAUUCUUUUAGUUUUAAUCAACAUCCAUAUUUUGGUGGUGGUACACACUAUCUACGAACUUAUGAGCCGGGGUAAAAUAUUUGGAAGUAAUAAUCACAGCUUGCUGGAUGAAGAAGGUUUAUGGGACUCUAACAUGGACAAAUAAAUUGGUAGCCAGAGCCGUAAGACAUACCUACGGAUGGUUAAAAAAUAUGGUUUUAGUUACUUGAAGAAAUAAGAUAUAUGUAAGACUAGGCAGUAUGGUUGUAAGACUAUAGCCUGUCCUCUAAGGACGAAGAAAAAAAAUUAAAGAAAUAAGACCAGAUUUCUAUUGUUUAAGGCUUUAUUAUAUAGAUCUUAGGGAUUUUUUUUACCAUGGAAGUAAUAGCAACUUUGGCCUUUAAGUGUUUAAAAUAAUUUUAACUUACUGAUCAUACGUAAAUAUGUGAUUAUGUUUAUGAUAAACGAAUGCUAUGACUUGUCAUGGGUUAAAGCAUGGUUACACCACUCUCCCAACUCGGAAUGUUAAUGUAUUAAAGCUUGCAGAAGCCAAAAGGAACAAAUUGUAUUAAUUUACUACAAAGUGACGAAAAAGGAUUGAUUAAAAAUUGUUAUCAAUUACCUCAUAUUAUCAUAAGUUAGAUGUAGGUAUCUCAGUUUGUUGUACAAUUUCUGACCAGGUAGAAUGACUUAUGGAUAUACUUAGUGUUUGUAAAAUGAAAUAAAGAUUACAUAGUAUAUUUGUUAAUUUUUUUUAUAAAUUCUAUUGAAAUGUUCUAUGUCGGAAUUUUAUUAAGAAACGUAAUGUUAUUCUCGUUUUAUAUUAUAGCUUGUAAGUUGUAAAUGACUGACUGGGCCCUUAUUCUGUAUGGUAGUGUAAACGCGUAACGCGGCCGUGUCAUGUUAUCUUCGAGAAAUGUGCGUGGAAUGGUAUUCUGUAAGUCAAAUUUCUAUAGUCCUAAACAUGAUGCGUUGUGUUAUGUGCUUGUUACGCACUGGUAAAAUAACGUGCGGGAUAGAGAAUAAGGCCCCUGGUAAAGGUAAAAAACAAAAAUUACCUACGGGACAAGGUCCGUAAAAAUUAAUUAGUCUAAAUAAUUAAAGGAAGCUUUGGGUUUGCUCCUUUAUUACAUUACACCAGUGCCUCUUAAAAGGAAAAAGUCACUAUGUACAUUUAAGGCGAUUUCAUAACUUCUCUAUUGAAAAUCAUAAAGAAACAGCGAUUAAAGCAAUAUUUGAUGAUU